GUUCAACGGCCAGUUGUCUAGAUAGAUAAAAAACUUCUUUUAGCUAGGAACUGAGCUCUAUUUUGAUCUCAAGAGAACCUUAUUAUAAGCAAGUAAAACUUCAAUAGUUCGAAUUGUCUCUUACACCUCGUCUCGACACCAGAAUCAUGGCGUCUGCUACAUUGGUUCUCAAUACACCAAAAUGGGGGAACAUACAGCAGGUCCAAGUAGGCAUCGCCCCAGCCGAUCUCGUUGCCACGCUCUCUGCUGCCAAGUCAGCAUGGGGAUGGAUUGGCGGCCUGGAUGGUAUACGGCACAUACUAACACAUCUACCUCGAGUAUUCGGUGAAAAGCAACUCAUUAAAAUGGGAGUCAAGAUGAAGAUCAAUCCUCUCCGCUGGCAUAUCAUCACCAGCGAAGGUACAAAGACGAUUGAAGACCUCGAUAAGAAAAGUGCAUUUGGAGGGAACCCCGCAACACAGCUCAUUGGUCUUACCAUCUGCGCUCUUAGUUUUGAGCUGGGAGAAUAUCGAGCAAUCAAGGCAUUCAUGGAGAAUCUUGCUCCAAAUAUUCUCAUAGACGCAGAGGCAGGGGCAUCAGAGGCUUUAUACUCUCAACUCAUUGACAACUUCAAAAAGAUCGUGAAUGAGGGUGCGGCAAGAGGAUUGGAGAGGGCUUUUUCCAAUGCCAUAAGAUCUCACAAUCUGCCCUCGAGCCUCGGGCCGUGCGAAGGCUUCGAUGAGACAGACUAUAUGUUCGUGGUUGGUUUGCUUCGAUGGGUGAUCGAAGGUGGCCAGAAAUCCUAUCUCACGAGAAGUGCAGCAACAGCUCGUGUAGCCGUGGGAUUGAAGGAAAUUGGGUACUCCAUUGGACCAAUUCUCGUCUGGAACGGUAAAGGCGAGCCUCCAAGCUCCUGGAAAGGAGUGACUUUGGUGACAGGGGGAAGUUGCAAGACUGAUGCACUGUUGGCGGAGAACGAAGAAGAUAUGCUCAUGAUUAUUCCACCUAUCCAGCAUUAUCAUUUUGAUACAGUCGGCCCCAUGCUCUUCAACCUGAUGCGACUGCCAAACGGACCCGGUCCUGAACUCUUGCAAGCAGAUUUCAACAACGUAAGACAUUACAUACAGACGAAUUUACACUUCACCUGGGAAUUAAGCCAGGAAAUUAACGAUAAUUAUGUGCGCGCCGUUGCACACUGGAAGCCAACUCGCGGUCGUCCACAUACUAUCAAUCUUACCUUGGCAUCUAUUUGCUUCGGAGCCUCAGCAACCAAUUUUGCUGGGUGUUAUAGCGACAUAUCAAAUGAGCAGACUUUGUCUAUAAUCAAGAAGCACAAUAACACCAACCAAGCGGCAAGCAAUCCAGAAGUCCUAAGAUUUCGCGCCAUAACCACUGCCAUUCUGAUUUCAGUUGCGGAGACCUUGAGUGGUCCACUAUUUGGACAACUGAGCCAUAUAACAUCAGUAGAUCUUCGCGGGUUUAGUGGGCUCGAUGGUCUCAGUCGUGGUCUUGGGACGGUGUUGGCCUCAGGGAUUCCAUAUUGGAAAGCUGUUGCCUUCGUGUCAGUAUUCCAUAGUUGUGCAGACACACAGCUUUUCUGCGGUGAUUCUUACACCGAUCGAGGUAUUGUCGGCUUCAGAGAAAGGGACUAUGCGGUCCUUCCCGCUUUACUAUUCAAUUUGUCGCCGACUCCCGACGCUCUGGGUAUCUAUUGCGUUGACGAAUUCUAUUCUCUGCCUGUUCAAGAAGAUAAUACUAUUCGAAGCCAUGAGGGAGAUUGUUGGUCACCAGAGUCCUGGAAUAGGCCAGAAGAUGAAAAUCCAGGUAUAAAAUCAACAUAUGAAGCUGCGACCGGUGUCCCUAGUACUACCGAGCCGGAUAUCCCCAUAUAUAUCAGCAUUGAGAGAGACCCCACCCUACCAAAACCAUUCAUUUGUCUCGCGGGCCGCGUUGACGGUAAACUAAUAGGGGCAACGGGUAUAACAAGCAUUCUCAAAACAUUGGCUCUAAGUUUCAGAAUCCCGGAGACAUGCCCAGAGGGAGGCCAUCAGGUACCGCAUAUUGUUCGUCAUACCAAAGCCUCGCAAUGGUCAAAACAUCGUGUAAGGAAGCCAACGGACCAGGUUAAGUUUUCGAACUAUAUCGCGGUUGCCGGGCAUCCUCUUUGGACAGUCUUCCUGGCUGGGCAGGCGGCUCAGACUUCAACAGGGGGACUAGUCGUUUUUGGUUGCUUUGAAUGUGCACAAAAUACCAUGAAGUCAAUGGCUUUUGAGCGCCAGCAGAAAUGGAGUGAAGCUGGUAACUUGUUUGUAGGAUAUGGCAAAACGCACGAUGGAUAUGGGCAGUACCAACGGGGUUUGAUUACGCAUGCUUAA